GCAACCCAAUCCGCAGCCAGGGGUUCGGAACCGACUCUCCGAGCACGCUUCACGAAAGAUAUAAACCCUAACUCAAAACCCCGACCCGUUCUUCCCCUUCGUCUCCUCCGCUCUUCUUGGUACCCCUAUUCGAAAAACGAAAGCGCGGGCGCACUUCACUCCUUAUCUAGGGUUUUCGGAAAGCGGCUGCGAGAGACGAAGCUCCUCGACUUCCGGCAAUGGCGAGCGCCGCAGCCGCCAUAAACCAGGCGGGGAGUUCCAAGCCCUUGGACGAGUCCCUCUGGUGGGACUCCUUCGUCCACCUCUUCGAAGAGAUCGACAGCGCCCCUCUCUCCGACGACCUUCCCGACCACCUGGUAAAGAAGAUCAAGAACAACCGAGCCUGGUUCUUGAAAUCGGUUACCCGCUUUAGACCCCCAGCCGAGGCAUCGCGGCUUGCUUUGGAUUCUUCUGAGAUAACUAUCGGAUCCCAUCACCUAUUAAUAAAGCCUGAGCACAGGGAGGCCGCCUUCCGAGUUAGCAAGUGCCUGUCCUUAGAUGAGGUGCAGUCGUACAUUCUUGUCAAUAGGACUUGCGGAUUGAACAAGUCAGUUGCGGAUAUUGAAGGUCAUGAUUUUCUUCAUUUGAUAUUGCUUCAAUAUUACCUUGAGAGGCAGUGCUUGUUGAAAUGUAUCAGACGAAUCUUCGUGCAUGCUUUGUACAUGGAGAAUGGGUCUUGUUCAACUGAAGCUGUUAGAGGAGAGGCUUUGCAAUUAGUUUCUGAUGGGUUGGAAAUGAAGCUCUUAUCCAUCUUGAAAGAUUUCCUUUCUUCUGUAUUUUCUGAGAAAACUGAAGUUGACUUCAUGGUUCUGUGGGUGGAAGAAACUUUGAUCGAAGUUAACUUGGUCUUGGACAUUUUGUUCCUUGCUUACUAUGAUGGCUUUUGUGGCUGCGAAGCUGGGCAAUGGAAAAGUUUAUGCUUGCUUUUCAAGGAUAUAUUAUGUGGUUCAUUUAACAUCAGAAGGCUAGCCGUAUCAGUUGAAGCAAGAAAUUCAUUUUUCCAUGCAAAGGCUCAGCUACUCCUUAUUCUUAUUGAAACCAUGGACUUAGAAAAUCUCCUUGGGAUGGUUCAUGAUGAAGUGCCUUUCAGGCAGGGUUAUUCUGCAUUUACAUUGUCUGAUAUUCAAGAGAUGGAUGCUGAAGUUUCAAGCUUUACUGACUUGGGAACAAUAGAAGCCGGGCCUUUGAUUCUUGCCUGGGCGGUGUUUCUCUGUCUACUAUUGUCUCUUCCAGAUAGACAAAAUAGUGGUAUGCUCAUGGAGAUUGAUCAUACCGAGUAUGUCCGUCAAGCCUUCGAAGCUGCUCCAUUCAAUUAUUUACUGGAAAUUGUUCGCAGUGACACUUUAAGGAACUCAGAUGGCCUUGUUUCCGGUUUCUUUAACGUCUUGAGAACAUUCAUUUCAGCGUUUAUUGCCUCCUAUGAGCUGUCAAAUCAGGUGGAGGACAACACUCUGAACGUAAUCUUGAAUAUCCUUUGCGAAAUAUACAAUGGAGAGGAAUCACUAUCCAUGCAAUUCUGGGACAGGGAUAGUUUUGUUGAUGGUCCAAUUCGUUCUGUCCUUUAUAUGCUAGAGAGAGAAUAUCCAUUUCGUAUUGUUGAAUUUGUUCGCUUGUUGUCAGCACUUUGCGAAGGAAUUUGGCCUGCAGAAUGUGUAUACAAUUACCUUGACAAGAUGAGCGCUAUAACAACUCUGUUUGAAAUCCCUGGUGGUUCUGGUGCUGUGAACCUUCAUGACAUCAUAGAGAUUCAGCAUCAAUUUAACAUUCCUGGCAUUGAUGGUCUCGUAAUUCCUAGUGGAACCUGUGGGCAAGUUUUGAAAGUUAUUGAUGCAAAUGUUGCACUGGUCCGUUGGGAGUGUGCACACUCAGGAGUGUUUCUUUUACUCUUACGUUUGGCUCAAGAGUUCCAUUUAUAUAGUUAUGAGGAAGUCUUUCAUACUCUUAACUUGCUUCAUCGGAUGAUGUCGUCUAACAAGGCUUUGUGCUUUGCUUUGAUGAAAAUUGGCAAAUCUCCAUCUGUUCAAGCUUCUAAGUGGAGUGUGCAAAUCGAAAAUGAUGUGAGGGUUGAUUUGGUCAAGAUUAUCUGUGCUUUGGUCUUCAGCAUAGUCCAAGAUAUUAGCAAUGUGGGUAUAGUGUCUCUUUGUUUCAGUAUAUUGGCAGAAAUGUUAAAGUGUGCUCCUUCUUAUGUUAUUGAGGUGGCAUCGAAGUCAAAUGUCUUCUCAUCAGAAUUACAUGGUUCACCAAGUGGCACGUGGUUGCUUUCAGGAGGGCUCGCUAGGAUGCUUUUGGUGGAUGAUGGGGAAAGUGAGGGCUGUUUCCAACUGACAACUUCAGUGCUUGAUUUCACUGUUGAACUUGUGGGAAAAGGGGCAGCCGAUACUACGGUUUCUGCUUUUGUUGUAUUUUCUCUUCAAUAUGUACUGGUUAAUCAUAUGCAUUGGAAUUACAAGUUGAAGUAUAAUCGCUGGAAAGUGACAUUGAAGGUGUUAGAAGUGAUGAAAAGCUGCAUAAAAGCAACCCACGUUCCGAAUAAACUUGGAUCCAUGAUUCGGGACAUUAUAAUUUAUGACUCCUCAGUGCACAAUGUUCUUUGUCAGGUUAUGUGUAUUUCAAGGCAAGCAUUGGAGCAAUUGUAUAUCAGUCACCAUUAUGAGCUAAAGGAGAUUGAAGAUGUACAGCUUGCUGUGUGCUCUGCAUUUGAUAUAGUAUACUCCAUUCUGGCAGAUCUAUCAGAGGAAACAUUUACCAACAUACCAGGCUUCAUCCAGACAGUGCUUUCAUCUACAACUAAACCAAUGCCUGUUGUUACAGCAGCAGUUUCAUUGAUUUCCUUUUCUCGUAAUUCUGCAGUGCAAAUGGCUGCUACAAGAGUGCUUUCCAUUUUAUGCUUCAUAGCAUCAAAAUUUCAGUCAUAUUCGAUGGAGAAUGUCAACGUUUUUACUGAUACUAUACAGAUCAGAGAAUUAAGUAGUACCAUCUGUCUCAUUCUAGAUGAGGAAGUUAACAGAAAUGAAGAGCUGAUCAUUGCUAUUUUUGACCUUCUAAAUUCUGCUUCUUGUUAUCAGCCUGCUCUCCUUAUUUCUGUGAUAUUGCCUGAGGAGAAAGAGGAGGUACCAUCAAAUGCUGCUGGUGAUAUGAAAAGUCAGCGAGUUGUCUCCCCUGUUAUUGAGCCAUUAAGCUCUAAAAGAACUAGCCCCAUUGACUCGAUUUUGAAAUAUGUUGAAAGAUCUGAGAUUCUUACAAACAGCGCUCCUCGUUUACUGCUCAGUAUCGUAAACUUCUUGAAGGCAUUGUGGGAAGGAGGAAACCAAUAUAUACAUGUCGUAGAUAAGAUUAGAAGCUCAGAAAUGUUCUGGAAACACUUGUCAUCAUGUAUGUCGGCUAGUCAAACCGAAAAUGAUCUUCGAGAGAAAAAUUUGAAUAAUGAUGAGAUUGAUUGGUUGUCAUUCAGGUACCAGUGCCAGGGUGCUGUUUUAGAAAUUAUUGCACAUGAAUUAUUCUUUCAGGAAAAAUUACUUCAAGGUGAGAUUUAUGAAAAGCAGACUUCUGGUACUUUCAAGGGGCAGGUUGAAAAUAGGUUAAGCCCUGAGAUAUCAAAAUCUCCAACUGUACUCUGCCCAAAGGAUAUUUUGUCGAUCUGGUGUGAAAGUGAUAUCAUGAACAGCCUUAUCAAAUCUUAUUCAUCUAGCGGAUAUGACAAGGAGGUUAUCUUUCAUGCUAAGGUAGCUGUCUGUAUGUGCAUUCUUCAUUUAAUAAGCAAGCUAUCAACUGCUAAUGCCGGGAGCCUGUCCAUAUCAUUAAUUGAGAAAAUUCGUAUGAUAUCCAAGAAGUUGAGCAAACAUCCGGCAUUUGCUGCUCUUUUAACACAAUACUCGUCACGUGGCUAUAGUAAGGGAAAGGAACUCGCCAAUCUUGUAAUUAGUGAUCUUUAUUACCAUCUACAAGGAGAACUUGAAGGUCGAGAGAUUACUCCUGGUCCAUUUCAGGAGCUGUCAGGUUUCCUGCUUGAUUUAGAAACUUUCCAAUGUAGUGAGCAGAAGCAGGAGAGGAACGUUUGGCCUCCUGUCAGGAAUGUUUGUAUGUUUGACAUUGCACGCAUACAAAAGGAGCUCGGAAUGGAACUAUGGGAUCAUUGUAAUUGGAAGGCAUCUAAAGAAGUAGCUCAUAUAAUGUUCUUGCAUAUGCAUGAAGCAAAUUUGGUUAUGUCCAUUAAAGAUUCGAAGCAUUUUGCGCUGAAAGCUUUAAUAACUGUCAUAUCUGUGUACACUGGCAAAAUAUCAAACAAAAAGCCAACACUAUCUGACAGAGGGAUCUCUGGGAAACUCGUUAAAUCAAGCAUUGAAUAUGUAUGUGAAUGCUUGCAGGCAACAGCGGAUUCAUUAAUUCCAGAUCCAAGUCCACAUGAGAAUUUACUAGGGUUUCUUGCAACUCAAGUGGAAUUGUUGCUUGUUCUCUCCAGGUUAUUGUUUGCACAGCAUUCCCAGCAAACUGACAGAAGAUGGUGCCUUCCUGUUUCUGUACUUCUCAUAAAAACUUCAGGAUCAGCCAUAAAAUAUUUGGCUGAUGUCAGGCCAUUAACCACCAUGCUUAAGAAAGCAGUGAAGCAUCUCCUUAUGUUGCUUCUUACAUCAGUGGAGUUCAGUUAUCCCAAGGCAUAUGUAGAAGGAAAAUCUGAUUUGGAAGUUAAGGUUUUUGCUGAGGCAUCUCUUGCAAGUAUUGGAUUGUUGCCUGUUCUCUGCAAAUAUGCAGAGAACACUGAAUAUUCUACUCUUUCUGUGGCAUCAAUGGAUUUAAUGCUGAAGGGCUUUUUGAAUGCUAAUAUUUGGUUGCCUAUCCUACAAAAGCAUCUGCGGCUGCAGCUUAUUCUCCUGAAAGUUCAGCAGAAAAAAUGUUUAGUUAAUAUUCCUGUAAUUUUGAAUUUCUUUUUGACCUUGGGAUGCACAAAAGGCGGUGCUGAGAUGCUUUAUUCUGUCAAUUUUUUCUCUUCACUAAAGGUGCUAUUCGAUCAACUAACUAAUGAAAUGCCUUUAUCAAGUAAUUUGGAUGGAGGUGGUUUUACCAAUAUUAACCAUGAUGGAAAGCAUGUGCACCUCUGGGGACUUGGUCUGGCCAUCAUCAUAUCAGUGAUUUAUUCCAUAGGUGAUGAUUCUUCUUCUACUGAUAUUGUGGACUCUGCUAUUCACUACUUCUUUUCUGAAAAAGCAUAUGUUACUUUUUCUUAUCUCUCUGCACCAAGCUUUGCUGCUGCUGAUCACAACAAAAAGAGAGCACGAAUUCAGAAGGCACGUACAUCUCUUGAAACUCUCCGGCUGACUGAGCUCAUCCUCAUGCUUAUUUGUGUGCUUGCAAGAUAUCAGGCCUCAUGGAGUAGGGGCAUGAAAGAUAUGGAUUCAGAACUAAGAGAGACUAUUAUUCAUCUUUUGGCUUUCAUAAGCAAGGGAAGUCAUCGCAUUGGAGAAUCACCGAUCAGGACCUUGACUCUUUUCUGCCCGCCAACUACUAAAGAGGAGGUUGAGCUUCAUGGAAGGCCAUCAUUUGUUAAGAGCAAACAUGGAUGGUUCACUCUCUCUCCUGUUGGUUUUCUGGUGGAUAAUGCAGUCACCUCUGACUCAAACACAGGAUCAUCACUGCUGAUCAAGGAUCAAGCUAGUGAAAAUGCUGAUUCGGUUCAGCAGACCUAUUUUUCAGACAUAGUUGCUAUCCAGAUGUAUAAACUUGCUUUUCUCCUUCUGAAGUUCUUAUGUAUGCAAGCUAAAGCUGCAGCUAAAAGGGCAGAGGAGCUGGAGUUCAUUGAUCUUGCACAUUUUCCUGAGCUUCCUGUGCCUGACAUUUUGCAUGGCUUACAGGAUCAAGCAAUUGGUAUCAUUACGGAGGUCUGUGAGGCCAACCAGUCAAAACCCAUUCUGCCAGAAACAGAGAGUGUGUGCCUCUUGAUGUUACAAAUACUGGAGAAGUCAUUAUAUUUGGAACUAUGUGUAUCCCAGUCUUGUGGGAUCCGACCAGUAUUGGGACGCAUUGAAGAUUUCUCCAAGGGAAUUAAAUUAUUGAUGCGUGUGGCUGAGCAGCAUACAAAGUUUGGAGCAAAAUUAAGGUCAUUGCGGCAGAUAACAGCUCUUGUGUACCCUGGGCUAUUGCAAACUAACAACCUUAUAUGAUAACAUUUAUGCUGAGACCCAAACUCACACUCAAAUUUAUAAGUCAGCUGGUUAAACAUUGAUUCUCAAAAGCUUCUCGUUAGUGGAUUUGAUGGUUCAAUUGCAUUAAGUUAUCAACCUCUCAAGGUAAGACUUAUGGUCUAGGGGCUUUCCUGGUAAUUUCUUUUUGCCAAUGUGAGUAGGGAUGUAUAUGAUUAUGAGCUAAGUUUCAGUGAGCCAGGCUACAGUCAACUUCAGCCUGUUAAUCUGGGCCAAAUUUGAGUUGUUCAUUAACCCGUCUGCCCUGCCAUAAUUUUGAGCCCCUACUAGCACUAGGCACAAGGCUUGGUAUGUCUUAGCUCUCUAAGCUUCCAUGCUUUUAUGUUGUCAGAUCAAAAUUUCGAUGCCAGCUAUGUUCAGAAUCCCAGAGAAUGGUCUUUUUUUUUAUGCAAGAUCUCCAAACGAAGAAGUUGAUCAGCAGCUUUUCUAUUCCAGUCUUUUUUGUUAUAGUGCAGCUUAUUCUUGGGUGUUAUAUUGAUUCAUUGGCUUAUCCAUGACAACCCCUCGCGUUGUCACGUCUCCCACGGUGGUUUACUAGUCAAAGGAGGCCGGAGGCAGCAAGUCAGAGAAGCAAUGGGGAGUCUACGGGAGCAGGGUUGCUCGCAGUAUGUGGAGGACUGGGUAUAUGCAUCUCAUUCAUUCGAAAUGGGUCCUAAACGCCCGGGGCGGGGGUUUAUCCCCCGAAUUCGUUGUCUAAAGAGCUGAAUUAAUGAUUCUUAUGGAGAUAUCUUUCCAAAUUUCCUAUAGGCUGGUUUUUGGGCUCAAGACCUAGGACUUGUUGGAACAUCCUUUUCGAGCUUUGCCAUCACCAAUGUGAUUAUUUUUCUGCGAGAUUCGGUCUUCUCCAUCUUGUUGGAAGGUUGGUGUAUGUGUGGCUGUAAUUUGGAAACAAAUAAAGAUAGCCCAUGUAUCUCUUUGAUUUGUUGUAAAAUCUUCUGAGGACCUGAUAGGUUGAUAUACAAAUUUAUUUUCACAAA